AUGGGCCCCGGACUGGUGGCGGUGAGCGGGCGCUCGGUGCUGGAGGCGGGCUGGCGUGGGCGCGUGCCGGUGGCGGCGCAUACGGGCGCCGUGUUCCCCGGCGAGACCGUGCCCAUGCUGGUGCCCGACCCGCACAAUGCAGAAAUACUAGCGCAGGCUAUCAGCCACGACAAGCUCUUCGGCCUGCUCUGCCCUGACAUGUGGAACCCAGGAAAUAAGCCAGUUCCCCAGGAGUUCAUCGAUGUCCUUCUCGACGAAGAAGAAGAACUGGAUAUCGAUGAAGACCAUGGGGAACUGGAAGAAGAAUACAAUGCAGAGGAGAUACUUAACAUGCCGGUGUGCAUUGCGGAACCCGAUGGGUCUCUCUUUUACAUACCGGAAGAAGUGCAUGUACUUAAUAUUCCUGUGGGUACGGAGAAAGCCAGUGGGUCUCCGCAAUGCCCAACAGAAGAGGUGUCUGAAGAAGUACAUGUACUUAAUAUUCCUGUGGGUACGGAGAGAGCCGGUUGGUCUCCGCAAUGCACAACAGAAGAGGUGUCUGGAGAAGUACAUGUACUUGAUGUGCCUGCUCCAGAGCCUGCUCCAGAGGUGCCUGGAGAAGUGCAUGUACUUGAUGUGCCUGCUCCAGAGCCUGCUCCAGAGGUGCCUGGAGAAGUGCAUGUACUUGAUGUGCCUGCUCCAGAGCCUGCUCCAGAGGUGCCUGGAGAAGUGCAUGUACUU